GAUUACUUUGAAUUGUAUGAAAAUUGGAUCGGAUUUCUUAUCUUUUAACGACACUUCGACACAGUUGUCGUUGGGCUCAAUGAAAAUCACAAACAAUUUAUUUUGGGAAGAUAUCAAGAGACCUCCAAAAAUUUUGAUUGUUCUAGCCAAUUAAAUGUUUUAGGAACUUCAACUACAGAGCUAGUAGAAAAUUUGACUAUUAGCCUACAUUUGGAGUUUUUUAGAUAAAAAUCUGGAAAAUCAGGGAAUUUCAGGGAUUUUUUUCGAGUUUUGUGUCAACACCCUUAGUGAAAUAGAUAUGAAUGUUGGCAUAGAAAAACAUCAACAUUAAUUAUGUUUAGCUUGAUUCAGCUGGUUUGAAAAUAUUCCGAGAAAAGUUAGUACAAUUAUACGAAUUUUGUUUACUGUAGAAGAGAUCUUUCAAUCGUAGAGGCGAAUUUGGAGAUCUUCUAUUUUAGUUGGCGUUAGCAUUCCAUUCUGGCAAUCUGGUAGUCUGGAUUUUUGGAGCUAUAGUGUACUCCUCCCUGUACGAGGUAAUCGUCGAUUUCACCCGCGACUAUGAAUUGAUCCGGCAGGCCUUGCACAAAAUCGAACACUACGACAAGACCGCCCUCGAGAAUGUGCUGGUGGGCGUCAACAACAUGUUCAAGACCCACUGGGGAAGUCAAAACUACUGCCAGAUGAUUUUUAUCACCGACUGCGGUAUCGGUUUGGGACAUACCUCGCUGAAGAACACCGUUAUCAAUUUGCAAUCCUGGAAGACAAGAGCCACCACUACCGGUUUCAAGGGGCCAUUUUCGGUGAAAUUUUGGAUCGGAUUUUCCUAUCCCAGCAAGCUGACCUUUAUGGGUCUGGGUAGUUUGGCGGACCCUGCGUUCAAAUGUGGAACCAAAAUGUACCAAAAGCUGCUCGAUGUGAGCGGCCAGAAUGGGCAGCUUUUUAUUCCUAAAUUGAAGAAUCUUUCCAUUGAGGAUCCCAUCGGAGAGGACGUGGAAGAUAACAGCAAACUGCUGAACAGAAGAUGCGUGAAAGACAUGUUUGAUAAAAUGUGCGAACAAAACUAUAAACAGUUUGAGGCAACGCUCCGCUGUGGAGGAUAUUUCCGGCUGGAUGGGGCCAUUAUCAUCUGGCCAGCUCCGUUGCCUUACACCUCGAAGGAUUUGUUCGGAGCAGAGACCACAAAAAUCAUAUCGCGCAAGUUGGAAAUUUGCGGCUACAUCAGUUUGUCAGACGUUGGUUCUCCCAUGUCGGUGAGUCGUCAUCUCAUUCUGCCCCGGAGCGAGGGAGACAAACGGAUCUCUUCGAAGGAUGGAAACCUGAGUCCGGAGGAGAAGCUUGAAAUCGAUAUCAAAGGCUUCUACGCAAAGCCGGAUAGCGGUGGUGGCGUUGAGAACGAUGAUGAUGUUGCCGCCACGGGAGAUGCUACACGGGAAUCUGUUUGUGUUCUGCUGCAUGGUGCUCUGAAGGUGGAGAACAUGGCAGCGCUGGUGUUGUUGAACGAAAACUGGUACGGUUUCAUCUAUUCCUAUGCGGACAGUAAGAAAAAAUCCAAUCUGAUGCUGAACGUUCUUCCGCCCGGGAAUGAUGUUGUUCCGUGGCUGGGAGACUUCCGUAAUUUGGCCUAUCAGGACGAUGCCCUCCCGGGAGAGAAUCCAAGCUUUCCCAUUAAGGCGGAGAAGAGAAGCUACUCGCAGAACAUCGUCGUCUGGAUUCGACAACCUGGACUUCAGUCGGACAUCCAGAAGGCACUGCGGCAUGCGAAAAAAUUACCCGAGAAGACGCAACACUUCUACAAGGAGUUGAAUCGGAUUCGGAGGGCUGCGUUGUCACUAGGAUUUCUCGAGCUGUUGGAUGGGUUGGCGAAUAUUUUCGAGCGGGAAGCUGCCGCGCUUGGUCCCAGCGCAAGCCCGGAUUGUACCAUUCAGCUGAAACAUGCUGCUUCCGAGUUGAGAAAACCGACCAAUAGGGAUAUGAAGGCAGUGAUACAGGCGAUGCCUACCAAGUACAAUCAGAUUGCGUCGUAAGUAUUAUGUUGAUGAACGGUAAAUAUAAUUAUUUUGUUCACCGAA